AGUAAGUUUGACUACCUUUACCCUCUUACCCACGUGUAGUCUUCAUACAGAAUGAAUCUGAUAGUUAAUAGGAUGAGAAGAUGCCCUCUUCAGACCCUCUUCAGCUGCAGUAGAACUCUCCUAAAGACCCCCAAACAGUGCUAUCCUCCCUCAAGCUACUCCACAUUGUCCUCCACUGAAUUGUCCACUGAAGAUGGCCUCUCCCCUUCAGCACAGGAGAGAGUGUUGACCCUGUUGUCUCAGUACAAGGACCUCCCCAGCUUCAAGAAGAGCAAGCAGCUCUCUCUGGAUAGAGUCACGAGCUGGGUAAAUACUGGAAGCGGCCACAUUCAUCCCAGUACCUACAACUUUCUCCUCCACGUGUGCGUGAGCUGCGGAUCAGCAGACGAUAUGGAUAUAGCAAUGGCUGUGGCACAGAGGCAAAAUCUGGAGUUAAACGAAUCAGAGAUGAAUUCAGUGCUUACUAGUUUGUCAUGUAGUGCUGACCUUGCAAAAGUGAAGGAGACAAUGAACAAUAUGUCUAAAAGUGGACUAAAGAUACGAUUAAACACUCUAACCAGUUUGUUACAGCGAGGUGUUGACGAACGAGACUUUUCUUUUACUCUAGAGAUUAUUGACGUGAUGAGGAGAAACGAUUUUUUCCCAAGCAGUCCUGCUGUGAUUGGUGAUGCUAUCCGAGCGUGUGUGGGUGUGGAGAGCAGUGAGGCUGUGAGGGUAGUGGAGGGUGUGAUGGCACUCCACAACUCGUACUCAAUGGCCGCCCCUCGACAGCAAGUGGACCAGGAGACAGCGACAGAAUUCUCAAACUGGUUCACCAGCAGUUCAUCUAAAGAGAACCUUCUAACACACACAAGAAUCAAUGAAAAGUGUGUCUGUGAGAGCUGCGGUGAGAAGCUGCUCAACAACAAGCUAACACCAGAGGAAAGAAACACACUAAUACGUUACUUCAAGGAGGAAAUCAUUGCGGAUAUUUCAACCGGAUCGGAGGCCGCAAGAGAGAAACACUUUAUGAGGAAGUUCUUAGAAUAUGUAAACGAGAAUUCUGAGCGUUUUGGUGCUGUGAUUGAUGGACUCAACAUCGCUUACCUCUGCAAACGCAGGAAAGAAGUGGCUUUUGAAACAAUGCUGGCAAUAGGUCGUGAGCUGGUGUCAGUCACAGGCAAGGAGGUGUUGAUGGUGGGACGAGAGCACUUACUCAGGACUCUAGCAGCAGGGAGGAUGUCACCUGACUCUAUACACGAGGAGUACAAGUCACAUGGGGUGCACUUUGUGCCAUUGAGAAACAGUACUCCUGAUGAUCGCUAUAUUCUCUAUGCUGCCAUGGUGACCAAUAGCGUUAUCCUCUCCAAUGAUAAAUUUGGCUAUGAGAUGGACAGAGUGAAUCAAAACGAGAUUGCAAAACUUGUGAGGAAGUGGUUGGAUGGAUCGCACGCUAAAAUCAACAUUGACAGAAACGCAAUCAAGCUUUUUUUUCCUACCAGCCUCCAGAGAGCGGUUCAAUGGACUGACAAUGGUUGGCACUUACCUCUCAAGACACCCUCUCCAAAGAACUGGCUAUGUGCUUGUACUGUACCUAGUUAGCUAGCUUUGCAAAUGUUGUUUUUUGUCAUGAGAGUUGCUUGUUUGAUUAGAGUAUAGUAAAGUUGCUAAA